AUGAAUCCUCAUGGUGGAAGAGGCGGCCAUGAUGAUCCACAUGGUGGAAGAGGCGGCCAUGAUGAAUCCCAUGGUGGAAGAGGCGGCCAUGAUGAACCUCAUGGUGGAAGAGGCGGCCAUGAUGAAUCCCAUGGUGGAAGAGGCGGCUGUGUUGAACCUCAUGGUGGAGGAGGUGGACAUGAUGAACCAGAGAGAAGAGGCCACCAUGGUGAUGGUGGUGGCAGAGAAGGCUGCCAUGAUAAUGAUCACCAUGGGAAAAGACACAGCCCUGGUCGUCGUCAUCGUCGUGGGAGUGGUGGUGGGAGCCCUAGACGCCACAGCGGUGGAAGUGGUGGCAGCGGUAGCAGCGGUGACAGCUCUGGUGAGGACGACGGCCAUGGAAAACAUGGGCGCAAACACAAGAACAAGCACGGCAAGGGGCACGGGCACGGCCACGGGCACGGCCAUGGUCACGGGCACGGCCACGGAAGAUGGUAGAAAGGCGGCGACCGGAGCGAACCCGACCUGCACCGAACCCCGGUGUUUGUGGUACUUUGCCUUGUACUCAAACUACCACCUUCGUCUCUCCAGCGUCGUCCUCCUCCGCCUGCACCAACCGAUGUUGUUGAUUAACUGUGCUGCAGAACAAUGAAGUUAAUCCUGUAUUUCUGCACUUCAAUAAAAUGUUUUAAAGACAAA